AUUACCACUAAUUUUUACGAACAAGAACGUCAGUCGACAGUGAGUUGUAGCAAAAAAAUAUUUUCUCAAAUCAAGUGAUGAGUAUUUAGUAGAUUUUCCAGCAUGACUGGAUGCGGUUUUUGUGAUACGUUGGUGAUUAUAUGUCUUUUUUUAACAGUUUCAGGUGACGAUACUUAUGAACUACCAGAUCAAAAAUUUGUUACAGCAGACAACUAUUUCUAUCAGGCGUCAAUCCAUCUUAAUUACAAUGAUGAAUUUUUGUGUGGCGCUGCUGUAGUUUCUUCAUACGAAGUACUUACCGUUGGAAGUUGUCUUUACUAUAGUUGGGGUGGCAUUAUACCUCCCAUUAUAGUCGCCGUUAAAGUCGGUGGUAGUGAUUUGAAUAGUACAAAUUUUAAAACAGCUGACGUAUCUAAUAUAACUUUCCAUGAUGAUUUUGAUACCAGUACCAUGCAAUAUGAUUUAGCUGUGAUACGUACCUCUACACCGUUUCAAUCUAGCAGAUAUGCAAUUGGAUCAAUUUCUAUAGCAACAGAAACAGCAUCUAGUUAUAAUAACUGUACAGUUACAGGGUGGAAUAAGGAGACCUGCAUUCUGCAAUCUGUUGAUGUAGAAAUAAUCGAUUGUGGUGAUCUGUAUGAUAAAAAAGUUUGUGCACAACCAAUAUCUUCGAAUGAUAUUUUAUGCGAAAACUCAUUAGGAAGCUUGCUGGUUUGUAAUAGUACCCUCAUCGGUAUUUUGUCAGUGGUACCAGAUUGCGAUUUACCUAAUCAACAAUUGAUUUUUGAAGUAGCAAAAUACGCAGUUGGUAUGAUAGAUGAUGAUUUUAUUUCGUCUAAUACGUCUGCGAUGGUCCGACACUCGACGAUUUUGGAGUACUUGUUUGGAAUACUCAUUUUUUUCAUUAAUUUAUUUUUAUAGUGAUUUUCUUUAUUUACAAAUAUAACAUUAAAAACUGUUACCAAAA